UUUUCGUCAUAAUCUAUUUUUCACUUCACAGUUCACAGCCAUAUUCCAGUGUGUGAAAGGAGAUAAGAUAGGAAGGUCAUUUUGGAACCAAGAUAAGAGUUCCGAAUAAAAUUUGCCAAGAGUGAGAGUAAUUCUCCGUCGACCAUCACUUUACGAAAUAAGAAAGCAUUUUUCGAGAAACAAAAUGUCUGUCCAAGCUUUGAGCAAGUCGAGGCCUUUGAUUGUUGGAGUCAUCGGAAACCAAACGAGAAACAAAUACACUGCAAUUGUUUCCACACCUCCAAGAAAUAGAAUUUCUUUCGCUGAGAAGGUGACACAUGGAAUUAUUAUGACUGCUGCAAUAUUGGCAUUUCCACUUUACGUUUCAACAAACCUGAAACAUUACAAGGGAAGUAACUAGACUUGAAAAUCAACAAAAAAAUAGUACUAAAUUUGGUAAAAGUUACUUUGAGCUAAAUGAUUUGUAAGUUUCCUUUAUUAAAAUAACUAUUAUGAUGAAAAAUUA